GGCGGAGCCCGCGCCCGAGGAACUGGAGGAGGAGAGGUCGGAACCGUCUCCAGGAGCCCUUAGAGACCGAGUCCCGGCAGUGGCGGUGGCGGUGGCGGCGACGGGCCAGCGCACUGGCAGGCGAAUUCACUCUCCUACUGGAAACCUGAAAACAUUGGAUCACACUAAAUCUUACUGAUUUCAGAGAAAAACAGCCAUUGAAGAUGUCCAGCAAAACAGCAAGCACUAACAACAUAGCCCAAGCUAGGAGAACGGUGCAGCAGUUAAGAUUGGAAGCCUCCAUUGAAAGAAUAAAGGUCUCAAAAGCAUCGGCAGACCUCAUGUCCUACUGUGAGGAGCAUGCCAGGAGUGACCCUCUGCUGAUAGGCAUACCAACCUCCGAAAACCCUUUCAAGGAUAAAAAAACCUGCACCAUCUUAUAGUGCCAUAGAGAAACCAGCUCCUUCCUCACCUGUUCUCAACAAAGCAAAUUGCAAGCAGCUCUUCAAAGAGCUGUGCCUUCAGCUUGUCUGGUAACCACUGCUAGUAACUAAAAUGCUCUUUACUUGGAAUAAUGGACUCUGAAGUCUUUAUUUGCCAAGUUGCCCUGUCCUUCAAAUAUCUUUACUGAUUUCAUACAGAAUAACCAUCUUGUUUUCCAUUUGGCAACUAUGGUAUUCUACUAGAUUACUGUAAAAAGUUAGCCUGGGCCUUUUAAAAAAUAUAAUUACAUCCUUUAAAUGUAUCACUGAUUCAGAUUUGUCAGAACUUAAAUUGCCUAAGCAACUGUCAAAUUAAAAGGCCAGGAUUUAUUUCAAUCCUAAAACCCUUGUAUUAUAUUAUGCUCUUAAUAAAGUUUGUGCCAACCUGUACAGUGUACGAGGGGGAGGGGUGUGUUGUGUAUGUGUUGUACAUGUUGCAAAUACACCUGUCAGCACGUGUUUUCCUGUUAAGUCACACUUCUCUAUAAUAUCAGUUAACUCUGUAAGUUAUCAGUUUUUCUUGAGCUGUGUGUAGGUGGAAUAAACAGUUCUUUCCUUAAACUUAUUGUACACCAAGUAAAGACCACCCUAAAGAUAUUGUGUACGUUGUAAUCAAGUAUAACAGUCAACUCUUCUUUCUUGAAAUCUAGCUGGACCUCUUAGGCUGUGAUCAACCAUGCCAAUUAAGCAGUAAAAGCUGAACUGAAGCCCUUUGAUAUGGUAUUAAUUCAAAAAGAGCCUUUUGGCCUUCAGUGAUCCUGAGUCUAGAAAAAGGAGAUGAGUCCCUUGGGGAGGACCCAGGGCAUCUACAUUGUGGGGCUGAUGGUCUCUGGAUUCAGGGGUGACACCUGAAAUUUCUACCCUGGUGGUUGGAAUGAGACAACAGUGAUCUAUGAGCGAAGCCAAGAUGGGAGCAGAAAUGUAUCCAGCCUGCUGCUCUGCUUGGCCCAGCUCUGCAUAUUACCCUCUGUCUUCUCCCUCGCCUGCCUUGUACCUUUCCUCUCCCAUUAAUGUGUCUGUCUUCAGAGACUUCCCUCCCAAGUAGAUCUCUCUUCAGAUAACCUGCAGUUCCAUCCCUGCCUUGUUCACAGACCACCCAAGGAGAAGGUGGGCCUCCAGAACAAUGGGGGUGGGGGGGCUUGCACAUGGAGGGCACUCUUUGGUCCAGAGUUUCCAGUGACUAAAUAUUCAUCUCUCUGAUCAUGAAGGUUGCAUCUUCAAAAGGGCCAUCUUGACCCUGUCAUGACAAAAGAGAGGGUUCUUUUUAAUUUGAGUAUUAAGUGGUAAAAAGAGGUUACAAUUCCCAAAGUCAAGUUAUGGUUACAAUGCAUCCUGAUCAGUGCCACCUUUUCCAUUGUUUUCUCCCAUUUUCCGCCGUCCAUCCCUACCCUCAAGUUUCCUAGUUUAAUUUUUAUAUAAUGUACAUUGAGUAUAAUGACUGGCUUCUUUUUAAAUGUUCAUUUAAGUGCCCAAACCAUACAUUAAGCCUUAAUACUUCUUUUCCAAUUUAUUAAAGUUAAUACUAGUGAAAGAUUAAAAACAUAUUCUUAAAAAAAGAUUCAAUCCCCAGAAGGAGAUAUUACCAACAGUUUCUCUUCCUUAUGUAGUGUGCCCUGAAAAGCAAUUGUUUU